CUGGAACAAUAUGGCGCCGGCAGCAGCAGCAUCGUUAGCCUCGUUAGCCUCGUUAGCUCCGGGACCCGUGUGUGUGUGAAUGUGACCCGGCAGGAUGACCCUCUGUGCCCAGUACCUGAGACAGGCUGAGGCCCUGAAGGCUGACAUGACAGAUUCUAAGCUUGGGGCAGCAGAGGUGUGGACGUCUCGUCAGGCCCUGCAGGACCUGUACCAGAAAAUGCUGGUGACUGACCUGGAGUACGCUCUGGACAAGAAGGCGGAGCAAGACCUGUGGAAUCAUGCUUUUAAGAACCAGAUCACCACCCUGCAGAGCCAGGCCAAGAACCGAGCCAACCCCAACCGCAGUGAGGUCCAGGCCAACCUGUCGCUGUUUCUGGAGGCAGCCAGUGGCUUCUACACACAGUUGCUGCAGGAGCUGUGCAAUGUCUUCAACGUGGACCUGCCGUGUCGGGUCAAAUCGUCUCAGCUCGGCAUCAUCAGCAAUAAACAGAGCAGCAGCAUCGUCAGCCCCCAGCCCAGCUCCUGCUCCUACAUCUGCCAGCACUGCCUCGUCCACCUUGGAGACAUCGCCCGUUACCGUAACCAGACCAGCCAGGCGGAGUCGUACUACCGACACGCAGCUCAGCUGGUUCCAUCGAACGGUCAGCCCUACAACCAGCUGGCCAUCCUGGCCUCUUCUAAAGGAGACCACCUCACCACCAUCUUCUACUACUGCCGCAGUAUCGCAGUCAAGUUCCCCUUCCCAGCAGCCUCCACCAACCUGCAGAAGGCCCUGUCCAAGGCCCUGGAGAGUCGUGAAGAGGGGAAAACCAAGUGGAGUGUGUCAGAUUUCAUCAAGGCCUUCAUCAAGUUUCACGGCCAUGUCUACCUGAGUAAGAGUCUGGACAAAGUGGACGCUCUGAGGGGGAAACUGGAGGAGCAGUUUCAGCGGCUGAUCCUGCAGAAAGCCUUCAGCUCUCAGCAGCUGGUCCACAUCACAGUCAUCAACCUGUUUGAGCUCCACCACCUCAGGGACCUGACGUGUGACGGCAGCGAGCCGGCCUUCAGCAGCGAGCAGCAGGUCAGCUGGUUCCAGCUGCUCGGACUCUUCAUGUCCUUCCUGGGCGUCAUGUGCAGCCGUGUUCUGCUCAACAAGACCAGGGGGGAGGACAUCAUGGGGGAGUGUCCUCUGCCGGCCAUCAAAGUUUCCCUGGACUGGAUCAAACUGAGACCGAGCGUCUUCCACGAUGCUGCAGUCGACGAGAGGCAGCAUGUUUGGCCCUGGCUCGUCUCCAUCCUCAACAGUUUCCAGCCUCAGGAGUACGACGUGUCCUGUCCCUCAGUCACCCCCCUGCCAGAGGAGUUUGAGCUGCAGGGUUUCUUGGCUCUCCGGCCGGCUCUGAGGUCUCUGGACUUCACCAAAGGUCAUCAGGGAGUCCUGGUGGACAGAGACGGGCCGCCUGUCCACACUCGACACCAGAGACUCAUCAGUCUGGGUAAAUGGGUGGCAGACAACCAGCCAGGGCUGAUUCAGUGCAGAGUGAGUGAGGACGGUCUCCUCCUCUUCAUCACUGACAUUCCAGAGCAGGCCAUCGAGGAGCCGCAGGAGAGGGAGGCACCGGUGCUGCAGGACUCGUCAAACGGUGAACAGAUGCCUCACGAUGGAGGACACUCCGGCCUGAAGUCGGUGCUGUCGGCGGGGAAGACGCAGAGCUCAUGGCCUGACGGUAGUGACAGACCAGUCGUCACCUUCAAGGAGAACAUCAAACCACGAGAGCAGAGCCGCGAAAUGAUGAGGAACCCUCAGCAGAAGGACGGCGGCAAAGAGCGCAGAGACUUCGGUAAAGGCAACGGGGCUGCUGGGAAAGGAGAGCUGAAGAGGGACGGGAAGAGGAAGAGCGAGCCGAAGAAAACCGGCCACGAGAAAACGACUGAGGCCGUGAAACAGGUAGAGAAGAAGAAACAGCUCCAGCUUCCUCCUGAGCAGCUCCAGGACCUGUUUGACCCGUUUCCUGUGUCUCAGGUGAAGGCUCAGACGGAGCUGAGGAAGACUCCGGUGUCCGAGGUGAAGAAGACUCCUGUCACUCAAACUCAAACCACCUGCUCCUCCCAGUUCAUCCCCAUCCACCAUCCUGGAGCCUUCCCCCCCCUGCCCAGCAGACCCGGUUUCCCGCCCUCAGCCUACGUGAUGCCUCCUCCGGUGGCGUUCCCGGGGCUCCAGGUGAAUCCGGGCUUCACCUUCUCCACCGGCGUGUCCGUCCCCGGGCCGUUCCUCCAGCCAGCGGCCCACUCUCAGGCUGGCACACAGGUCCAGGCCGGAAAGCAGUCCCACAUUCCCUACAGUCAGCAGAGGCCCUCCGGUCCAGGGCCGGGUCAGGUUCCUGGGUCCAUGAACCAGAGCCCCUCCCAGGGUCAGCAGCCCCUGUCCCAGCUGCCCUCCCAGCAUGCCUUGCAGCAGUCUGUCCAGCUGCAGGUGCAGGCGAUGAGCCAGCAGCAGCAGUCUCCCACCAGACCGGUGCAGCAGGGCGGGAUCGGGAAGAGUCCGCCUCACCUCCCAGGACUACAACAGUACAUGCAGGUCCAGGACCAGCCGGCUCAGAUAUGGAACCAGGCACAGGCGGCCCUGCAGAAGAUGAAUCCCAUGAUGUCCAUGAAGCAGCAGCCGUCACAGACGUUCUUCAUGGCGUCUCCGGAUCCUCUCAAACUGUACGAGCACCAGCUGCAGCCCCAGCUGGCCAACAUGGACAAGAAGAUCAAGUUCCCCGACGCCAAGAUGCAGGACUUCUACUGGGAGCCGUCCUACAGGAUGGGGGACGGCCUUGCCGUGAUGGCAGACAGGAUGAAGAGGCCUCCACCGGGUGGGAUCUGCUCAGAGCAGGAUGGCUCCACCGGGCCCCGGGGCCCCCCCUUUGAGGACAAGAGCUCGCCUCUCCUGCCUCCUGACCUGUUAAAAUCUCUAGCAGAUUUUGAGGAGGAGGAGGAGCUCGUCUUUUCUAAGCCUCCUGAUUUCUUCCAGGCCUUGGCUGCUCCUCUUAGUUCUGCUCCUGGACCAAACAUGUUUCUGUCCAACCAGACCAGGAUGGAGAGCGGCCCAGAGGGCGUCAUCCAAUCAUCUUCUCUUCUGCCCAUCUCUGGGUUCCCCAUGCAGGAGUACAACCAGAACAGCAUCUUCAGCCAGGCGUACGGUAAGACCCUGCCGCCCAGCUCCAAGCCCGACGCUCCCAUGAUGCACCAGGAGCCGUCCCUCUACUCCCUGUUUGAAGGGACUCCGUGGUCCCCCUCCCUCCCUGCCAGCUCAGACCACUCCACCCCGGCCAGCCAAUCCCCUCACUCCUCCAACCCCAGCAGCCUGCCGUCCUCCCCCCCCACACACAACCACGGAGCUAUGCCCUUCUCUAACUUCGGGCCCAUCGGCACUCCGGACAGCCGGGACCGCCGGGUGGUGGACCGCUGGAAGGCCGACAAGACCGGAGCCGUCAGCGGCUUCGGUCUGGACUACCUGCCGGCUGCUGCGUCCUCUGCAGCGUCAGACACCAGCUGGCACCAGGGCGCACCGAGCGGCAGCUCCUGGACCAAUCAGGAGUCUCCAAUGGAGGAGUCUUCCACCGUGCUGCUCGACAGCCUCAAGUCCAUCUGGUCCAGCUCCAUGAUGCAGCCGGGCCCGUCGGCGCUGGAGCAGCUCCUCCUGCAGCAGAAGCAGAAGCAGCAGCGAGGUCACGGCGCCAUGAACCCGCCUCACUGAACGGCAGCCGGGCGGCGCUCUGUGUCCGGAUGUAAAACAACCACCGCCAGGAGAAAAAACUAAAGUUUGACGAAGACGAGCUCCGACUUAAAUGGAAAAUUAAACCGGUGAGAAACGGUGGAGGCCGGGGAGGUGACACGCCCCCCCGACGAGGCUGAAACACCACCCCCACCCCCUCAGCCGUCGAGGAGCGGUGACCCCCCUCCUGGAUCGGAGGGCGCGGGAUCUCUUCAACCAAGGUGCCAGGCGCCACUGCCGGGUUUCCUUCAACCUGCGGAAAUCUGAACAUAGAGGAUCACAACCCCCCCACCACCACCACUGCCCCAGAAGAACUGCUGUCUCCACGAGGACGCCACCACCCGGACGUCUGCUCGGUCCUGACGGCGUCCGUCUUUAGCGUCUCGGCUGCUGUGGGAGAGCGAGGACAGUGUGGUGGUCCGGUUCGGGGGGGGGGGGGCAGGUGAAGCAGCGGGAGACAAAAUAACAGACUGGACUUUCUGCUUUCUCCGUUCAUUUUCAUUACUGUGGAGGAGGAAGAGGGGGAGGGAUCUGCAGCUGAUUGGUCGAAUGAAGGAAGGAAAAGGGUUACAGCUAUAUAAAUAUAUAAAUAAAUAUAUAUUGCCAUAGUUGGACUUAAGACGGGUGGUGUCUCGUAGCCGUGUUGUGAGAACGAAGACUUUGUGACGACGGGUGUCCCUCACCCGGACAGACACACACUCUUUGUGCGACGCCCCAGAGGAGGACCUCGUCAGUGAAAGGAGGAGGGGCUUAGAGCACCAGACCCGUCGGUGUUAGGGAUCGUUUCAUCGUUAGAGAUUUACAGAUAUUAAUAAACUGAGUAUUUAGUGAUUUGUUUGUAGCAGUGUUAGCUUCACGCUGUGACGUGGACGCAGCUUUGUCUUUUAACUUCUUCUUCCUGUGACUUCGUUAAUGAACCAAGAAAAUACAACUGCUCGAUUCCGUCAGUGACUAACCUGCUUCUAGUGUUCUGUUCAGCGUCUGUGUGGGGGGGGGGGGGGGGGGGGCUCUGAUUAAUGUGUCUUAGCCUCUGAAGCUUCUUCUUGUAAAACCUGAAAGUCACAAGAACCGAACUCGAAGCUUCUUCAGAGACGGAACCAGGAACCAGUGAACUCGUGUUUCAUCUGGUGGUCGUUUGAUGAACCAGGAAGUCCAUGAGUCAUCUGUUCUUUAUUCUCUUAGAACUGUUCAAGGUUCAGUUUGAUCGAAUCAUAAAUUGAGUUCAGAGAAAAGAAACUGGACGAACAUUAAAAAUAAAAAACGAUCAAUAUAAUGAUUAUUGUUCUGCUGAUGACUCAACGAUCAGGGAUCCAAAGUUCCACCUGAGACGUCCUGCUCCAUCACGUCCGAUUUUCAUUUAGCCCACUGUGGGCCCUCUGGAUCUGCGGUUCCGAGGCUCCUCUGGAUCCGAGGCUCCUCUGGUUCUGAGGCUCCUCUGGAUCUGUGGCUCCUCUGGUUCUGAGGCUCCUCUGGUUCUGUGGUUCCUCUGGUUCUGUGGUUCCUCUGGAUCCGAGGCUCCUCUGGUUCUGAGGCUCCUCUGGAUCUGUGGCUCCUCUGGUUCUGAGGCUCCUCUGGUUCUGUGGUUCCUCUGGUUCUGUGGUUCCUCUGGUUCUGUGGUUCCUCUGGAUCUGAGGCUCCUCUGGAUCUGAGGCUCCUCUGGAUCUGAGGCUCCUCUGGUUCUGAGGCUCCUCUGGUACUGAGGCUCCUCUGGUUCUGAGGCUCCUCUGGUUCUGUGGCUCCUCUGGUUCUGUGGUUCCUCUGCUUGGGGUUUUUCUUUCUGUGGGUUCUACCUUGUCGAGUGUUGACAUGGCAUCAGUCCUGGUUCUUUGAGAGCCAAUAAGGAAGCAUUGGGUGACAGCUGACCAGUGGGACACUGAGGCUCUAGCGCCCCCUUCAGGCUCCAGGCUGCUGCACGGUAAAGACCCUGGAGGUUCAGUUCAGGCGUCACACACGUGUCUGUUUUCUGUGAUAGUUUCAUGUUGCAUUAAGAAAUGAAAUGUUGAAUGUGGAUGAAGCGUCGGACUCGCAGCUCGACGGCUUCUGUCGCCUUUGGCGUGUUUUCUUUUUUCUAAAUGGACUCUGAUGUGGGAGGACCUUCAGCUCUGAGAUGUUGGGGACGCGUCUGCUCCUCAUUGGUCAGCGCUGAUGUUUUAAUGGGAAACAUUGACUGUAAACUUUCAGACUUGGUGGAAUGAGCCUUUAAAUAAACGUGAACUAUGUUCUCCUCGA